GACGUCAUCUAACGGGUACGUCCUCUUCCUCUUUACUCACCCCGGACAUGUGCGUGUAAGACUGAGCUCUUCAACGGGACUUUCCAUCGCACUCGGGAGGGCUUCGGUGGUUGGAUCUUGAAAGACCAUCAUGCUGGGACGAUGUGUGACCACAAUACAGCAGCUCGUGGGAAUGAAGAUAAAACCAUGCUUCAAUCUACACAGGAAACUGACAAGCAUGCAUCGUGCAGUGGGUGCAGUGCGGUGGAGGAGCAGCUGUAGAUCAGCCCCUCUGUUGACAGCUGCUCCUGUUCGUGCUCUCAUAGAUGAACAGAUCAGCAUUAAAGGAAACUUCCUUCCCCCGAGCAGCCCAGUUACAGUGUGCGCACGAAUGCACAGUGAGGAUGGUGACCUCUGGGAGGCCUUUGCACAUUAUAAUACAAAUGCAGAUGGCACUGUGAACUUGACCAGGGAUCAUUCUAUUGGGGGAUCAUAUUUGGGCUGUGAGCCAAUGGGACUCUUCUGGGGACUGCAGCCGGCUCCUGGAGCGCGAGAAGGUUUAAGAUUGCGGAAAAAAUAUGUGGACACUCCAUACGUGGUGCACAUUUCUGUACUGGACGGGCAUGUGUCACCCAGUGAGGCACAGAGUGCUGAGCUGGCAGCUGUAACUGCUGAGCGCUGGUACAUGGCACCAGGCGUAACGAGAAUAGAGAUUCGUCAAAACACACUUGUAGGGACGUUAUUCUUACCCCCUGGUCCAGGUCCAUUUCCAGCCAUGUUGGACCUGUGGGGAAUGGGUGGAGGACUGGUGGAAUACCGCUCUGCUCUGUUUGCAUCCAGAGGCUACGCCAGCUUCUCUCUCGCCUACAUAGAGCACAAAGAAUUACCUGGCCCACUGAACUGCCUCAAUGUUGAUGAUUCAUAUUUCAAGUCAGCCUUCCACCUGCUGCGAGAUCAUCCUCAGGUCUGUGCCGACAGAGUUGGGAUGAUCGGCCUGUCGUAUGGAGUCUACCUGACUCUUCGAAAUGCCACUCAGCCUGGUAUCAAACCCUCCUGUUUGAUUUGUAUCAAUGGACCAGUGGGAAGUACCAUCAAGCUCUCAGAUGCAGACGGCAGGACUGAAAACAUUGAAAGUAACAAUAAAUACUGGAAGUAUGAUGACCAAGGCCUUGUCACUUUCAAAGAAAUCUCCGCGCCUGCUAAUCUUGACCCUGAGAGCAAAGUGAAGAUCGAGAACAUUACUUGCCCAUUAAUGUACAUAGAGGGAGAAGAUGACCAGAACGCAUCAAGCACAGACAAUGCAAACCUGAUCGAGGAAACUCUGAGGGCCGCAGAUAAAUCUCACCUAUUCACUCGCUUGUCGUACCCCGGUGCUGGUCACCUGAUUGAACCGCCUUACUCGCCAAAUUCAAGAAUAUCCUUAUGGAGAGUCAAACCUGAAAAAGUGUUCACUCUGUGGGGAGGUCAUCUCGCACCCCAUGCUGCAGCACAAGAAGACUCCUGGAAGAAGAUGCUAGAUUUUAUGGAAAACAAUCUGAGACGGUGAAUCUUUGGUGAAGUGGAUUUUUAUUAUAGGAAAUAACUUGUGUAUGUGUGAGUGAAAAUUCUGCAUUUAUCAGAGAGAGUUUUACCAUCCAGAAAACUGAGAAGGAAGAGGAACUUUGUUGUUGUUGUCCUGGUGCGUGUGACUUACUAAAAAACGUGUUCACUUCAUCCUUCACGUUGAGCACUUUACAUUUAGCAGAGUGUAGAGUGGCCACAGGGAGGAGCUGUUUAGUCCCUGUCUGAGUAGUUCAGCUAAUGAGAAGGAGAGUCCACUUAUACAGUGACACUUCUUAGCUACUGUGGAUGCAGCUGUAUUAAAUGUAUUACUUACUUAAUUGCUAAAAACUGCGGAGCUAAAAUGUUUCUCCUGUUACGUCUCUUGAUAAAAGUUGCUUAGGCAGAGGAGGA